AUGCAGAGCCCGUAUAAUGCCGUAGGUGACACGAUAAUACCAUUCGGAGCAACAGUACUAAUUGAAAAUGGAACAGUAAUCCGGUUUCCUCGAGGUGCUCAGCUGAUAGUUCGAGGAACUCUAAUUGCACAGGGCACUAGUGAUCACCGUAUUUCGUUUACAAGUUCAAGUGAUAGCAUUUAUCACGACCAGCAACAGAUACCAUCCGGCGUUAAAUUUCGCUUAGUCGAUGGAUCAUCUGUUCAAAACGGGCUUUUGCAAGUAUAUCACAAGGAGCGUUGGCGAUACAUUUGUUCACAGUAUUAUAGAUGGUUUGAUCUUGAUGCGAACUUAACAUGUCGAAUGAUGGGAUUUCGUAAUGGAACAGUAUCAUCGUAUAGAAACGAUCAGCAGUCAAUGUACGGCGUUGUUAUUGACUAUCCAGCAUGUAAACAUGAUGAAACCAAUCUUCUCAACUGCGUUGGUUUUCGUUCUCCACAGAUCGGUCUUCAUGUUUGUGACAACAAACAAUAUAUUCGUUUAAUUUGUGAUGGUUUUUACGAUCCAUCUCCAAUUCAUAAUUGGGGCGGAAUUAUAUUUGAACGUCGUAGACCAAUUGAACAAUCGAUUAUUCCAGAAAUAGCAGAUUCAGCGACAACAUUAUCCAAUCAACCAUUGUCACAAUCAAUUUUGUCGUACGUGGAUAUACUUCAUGCUGGUUUGCGCCCAAGUGAAACGAUCAAAUCCUAUCCAGAACGUUACGCAGCAUUAACUGUGUUUGAUCAUUCACCAAUUCUGUUCAAUGUUACCGUGCAACAUUCUGCAUCAGAUGGAAUGAAUUUUUCGAAUGUAAUUAGUUCAGUAUUAAUCGAAAAUUCGUUAUCGGCAUUAAAUAGAGGACAUGGUAUUGUGGUGACAACUCGAUAUGGUAAUGUUACGUUAAACAAUGUUGAUCUGCGGAAUAACGGUGGUGACGGUAUAUUAUACAUUUUAAACAAUACAGAAUGGUCAAAACAUGAACAAGAAGAAGAUCCCUCAUUAUUGUAUAAAUCAUUUUGUGAAACAGCGAAUAUUGUUCAAUAUCCAAGUUAUUUACGUUAUACAUCAUUAUCGCAAGGAACAUGCUGCUCACAGAAAUUUGUGUCACGUGCCUAUCGUGCCCGUAUCACUAUUCAUUUUCAAACUGUAGUUAUGCACGAUCCAGCAUCUUAUUAUCGAGUUGAAAUGUACAACGGUGCAUUUGAUUAUUCACCACUGAUAAGUAACAUUACACUUUUACAACAUAAUCAGACAUUGGAAAGUAUAUCAUCUGAUUCAAACGAAAUACUCAUGCGUUUAUGUCAUUAUUGCAAUCCGACCAUCGGGACAUGUUCAAAUGUUGCGCGCGAUAAAAUUACGCUUUAUGCUGUUUAUGAUUAUGGUCGUGACGCUGAUCUUCAUUUAUGGAAUACAUGUGUAAUGAAUAAUUCGAAUAAUGGUGUCCGUUUAGUCAAUCUUCGUAGUUUAGUAGAAUUGAAUCAAACAUCGAUCAGCGAAAAUAAUCGACAUGGAUUGGAAAUUGAUUCAGGAGCAGGCAGUAUAUGGUCAUAUCAUUCAAAAUUUAAUGGGAAUGGUGAGGAUGGUGUUCAUAUUGAAUAUAACGGAGGUGAACGUCGGUUAUUGUACAGUGAAUUCUCGUAUAAUCACCAGCAUGGUGUUUAUAUUACACUUGAUCGUUCGAUAAAAACCCAUCUAACUAAUAUUACUCAUCAUUCAAUACAAAGUUAUCGUCAAAUAACGAAUAUGAAUGGUUCUGUUGUCCGUUCAAAUAUGUUUUAUGGUUUAUAUCAUGGUGCGACAUGUCGACCAUCACAAUUUCAGAUAAACGGUACAUUAUUUGAACGGUGCAUGUACGAUGCUAUUCGCUUCGAAAGCUGCCAACAUGAAUGGCGUCCACCAAUUGUUAUUUCAAAUCAAUUUCGUUCGCCAGCUUAUUCUAAUAUUGAUGUUAAUACACCAUUACCACCAAUUUAUAGUUCACCAUAUGAUGCCUAUCCCAAAUACCCAUCGUUUAUCCCUGUCGCAGUGUUAUUUGCUAAUGAAACGGGCAACGUUCAAUUCAAUGUAACAUGGAAUCGCUUCUUAAAUAAUAAACGUCUUGCGCUACGCAUAGAUCCCGUACAGAAUAUAAUAGGUGAUAUAUGCAAUAAUAGUGUUAUUGGACACGAGAAUGGUGGCAUACAUUUGAUAGGAAACAACUCAAAUUGGAUAAAAGAUGUGUAUUUACGAAAUGUGACAUUGAGAAUAUUAUUAAACAAUUUUACUGAUAAUCGUGGCCAUAGUUCCAUUGUAUCACUGGGAUUAAAUGAGCUAUCACCGUAUCAGACAAUAUUAUUCAUGUACAAUCGUUUAAUGAACAAUAAUAUAACUGAUCAUUAUAAUUCCUUUCUAAAUUCACGUUCAAAAACGUCUGGUGUUUUAGCAAUAUCCUCUAGUCACAUACGUGUUACGCGAAAUGUGUUUGGGAAUAAUUUCAGCCGAUUUGAUAUCGUUAGUCAAUUGACAAACUCGAAUGCUAUUAUACAAGCUGAUAUGAACUUUUUUACAAAUAUUUAUCCACCAUUAAUAUUAACGACACCAUUUCCUCUUACGCCGAAUCAAUUACAACAGCAAAAGCAACAACAAUUACAAGCAGUAAUUCAAAAACACAACAGUAUUUCUCAACAAUCACCAUCACGUCGAUAUUCAUCAUCAUCGUCAUUAGAUCAAGUUUCAUUGAAACGUGAUAGUUUUCUCGAACCGUACGACGACAAUAAAACUGUGCUAUUAAAUACAUUAAAACAGACGAGGUAUCGUCGUCAAAUACAAACACCACAAUUGUCACAAAUAUCUUAUAGUUAUUUACCAGAACCAUUUGAUAUAAAAACAAAUUUUUUUCCACCUGAUCCUCUGUUACAACAACAGCAGUUACCUGUACAAUAUUUGUUACCUCAAAAUCAAAUAUUAUCGAUUCCGUUGGUAAACAAAAGUCAGUUGUUAUCAUCGCAAACCAAUUAUGCUUAUCAUGCUUCACCAGCUUCAACAACCUACUAUUAUUAUUCAUUGUACUAUGAAAAACCAGAAUUAUGUUUUCAAAAUUGGCCAAAAAUUCGUUCUCGAAUAUUUGAUCAUCAUAAUCGUUCAAAUCUAGCUGAAAUAAUUUGGUAUCCAUUUUUAUGCAGUGAUCGAAAUUUAACAACAGAAAUCUGGCAAUGUCAAUUACCCAAUUGUGGAUUUUCAUCAACAAGUUUUUAUGUACAACAAGAGCAACGACAACGAGAAAAUAAUUUUAAUUAUAUUGGCGGUGUAUUGGAUAAAUUUUAUACAUUAUCACCAGGAAAAUACAUCGUUAAUAAUGAUAUAUUGAUAAAACCAGGUGCUGGUUUAACCAUCGAAAACUCUCAACUACAAUUUAUGAAUGGUAUUGGAAUGUUUGUCAUGGGUGAACUGAUUGUCAAAGGUCAUGAUGGAUCAAAAACAAAAUUUGAAUUAUAUGAAAAUGAGACAAGUAACUCGGUAUUAAUUAAUCAACAAAUCAAAGAAAAUGUGUUAAAAAAUCGUUAUCCAACAAGUGAAAAUGGUAUUUUAAUGUUAAUUGAUGGUUCAUCAAUUUAUGAAGGACGUUUAUUUGUUGUUGCACCACAUCAGACUGGCUCUGGUACCAUAUGUAAUAGAAAUUGGAAACAAAUCAAUUCAAUUAUUGUUUGUAACCAGUUGGGCUUUAUACACGAUCCCAAUGAACAUGUUUAUUUGAAUAAUAAUCGAACAAUGAUGUUGCUAGAUCAAACUGUAUCAUCUAUAACAGAUCCGAUACUGUGGAGUGAAAUUGAUUGUGAUUAUUUAGAUCAAACAAUAUUUGAUUGUAGACGAGAAAUAGCACAUACAUGUGAUCAUACAGAAGAUGUAUGGAUUAAAUGCUUACCACCAUCGUGGGCAGGUGUUCAUAUCGCUCCGUCUUAUAGUAAAUGUUCGUUAGAAUACGUUCAUUUUGAUUCGGCUGGUCAGUAUGAUUAUCAUUUGGAUGAAGUACAUAGUGCGUUAGAAAUUGAUUUAAAUAAUGCGCAAAAUUAUCUAUCAAAUUUAACAUUUUCACGAAACAUUAUUGGUUUGGAAACACAUAUUAUUCAUCCAUACAGUAAAUCUUAUUUGUAUUAUUCUGAAUUUAUUCAAAAUUCUUAUAUUGGUUUAUAUUUGCAUACAAAUUUUUUAAACAUAACAUAUUGUAAUUUUUCUCAUCAUACUUAUUCAUCAGUACAUAUUGAAUCAACAUUUUCCUAUUAUACACUUGAACAAUAUCGUUUAAAUAUUCAACAACAAAAAAACAUCGAUGUUAUCGAUUUAUUAACAGUUCAAUCCUACUAUUUAGAGAGAAAUAAAUAUGUAUUUUUAACAACAACAUUUGGUGGUUAUAAUUCUUUUGAUAAUGUAUUGAAAAAUAUUCUGACUAUUCAGACCGAUCCCUCGUUUAUACUUGUAUUCGAGUUGAUCGAUUAUAAUCCAUUAACUAAUACAGAUGAACAACUAUUCAUCUGUGAAUAUGUUUGUGCUAGACAAGUAACAAAUAACUAUAAAAAAUGGUCACUAGCUAGUGAUCGUGAUCAGUUUCCUAUUAUAACGGCAUACGCAAAUGUUCAAUUACAUUACCAAGUAAAUUAUUAUCGUUCUGGACGUUUGACACUUGUUGUUUAUAGUGUGCAAGCGCCGACAUUUCAAGAUGAUAUCAAUGGAUGGACAAAUCAACCAUCAGAUAAUAUUAUUACGUUUUAUAAAUGUUUAUUUACAGAUAAUCAACAUGAUAUUGUCAAUUAUUUAAAUGAUCGUGAAAUAACAAAUCAACUUUACCAGAAAAAAUUAAUCAAAAAUGAUAUUGAAAGAUUGCUUGAUCAAUUACUAGAAGAUAAUGAACGAAAUAGACUUGAACAACAAAUAGAGGAAAUAUAUUUACCACGGCAAGAAGAGAGAAAACAAAUUCGUCCAGGAAUAACUACUGUACAAUUAAAAAGACGAUAUAAAAAUUCAACAUUGUAUAUUGAUCAUUGUGUAUUUAACAAUGCUAAAAAUUGCUCAGUUUUAAUUCAACAUGAAUCAAUAUGGCGAACACCAGAUAAAAUUGAAUACGAUAUUCAUUUAUUAGCGAAUCAUACUCUCCAACAACAACAACGUAAACCGUUCGUACCAAUACAAUAUACCUGUAGAAUUGAUUAUUCGACAUUUUAUAGUAAUGCUAAAGUUCUCACCAUUGAUGCUCAUCCAUUAAUUUACACCGAUCGUUUAUUACGCUUAGAAGUUUCACAUACAAAUUUCACAAAAAAUUAUGGUCCAUUAAUGAACAUUACGUUACCAAGAUUGUUUACCUUUAAUCGUACAUCUUUUGCAUCACUAUCCACAUGGCCCUAUUUAUCAUCAACGUCAAUCUAUACUCGUGCGCCAUCUAUUUAUUCUCUCAUAUCACACGGUAUACGCUUAUAUCGCAAUCGAUAUGUACUUAAUGAGGGUUUUCUAAUUAAACUUGCUGGUUAUCAUUCAUUUGUAAAUAUAACCCGUUCAUUAUUUGAAGCAAACAUAGCACAAGACAAAUUAAUUGAAUAUAACGAUAUUGAAAAAGAUACAAUUAUUCAAGAUAAUAUUUUUACCAAGAAUCGAGCAAAUAGUCUACUAUACAUUGAUUCAACUGGUCAUGCUCCAUUUCAUAAUGAUCUAUUAGCCAUAUCAAUGAUCGUCUAUAAUACAUUUUUUGAUAAUGGACCAUUUCAAUUAAAUUCACCGUUGGUUACCUCUUGUCUUCAUUUAUCUGGUUCAAAAAAUAUCACAAUACAACGUAAUGUGUUUGAAAAUAUGAAUUAUAAUUAUGAGUUCAUAGCCGGUCUUCUAACAGAUAGUUUAAAUACAACAAUUGAUAUUACUUUAAAUUGGUGGGGUUCCGAUGUUUAUCAAGCUAUACAAAAUCGUAUUCUAGAUUUUUCAGAACGAGCUGAUCAUUCACUAACAGUUUGGAAUCCAUUUUUAGCAUGUCGAGAACCAACAUGUUCAAGUAUCAAAUUACCUAUCGAUAAAACAAACGGCAUAUUUCAUACAAACAAACCGAUUAGAGGAAUUAUUUAUGCCAGUACAAUAUUACAUAAACGAAAACAACCUUAUCUUAUUAAUGGUGAUAUAAUUAUUUUGCCUGGUGUAACAUUAACAUUAUCACCUGGUAUUCAAUUACAUUUUGCACCAAAUACGGGCAUACUUGUGCUUGGACAGUUGAAUGCAGUUGGCACAGCUAGAGAACCAAUUGUAAUGCGUUUAGCCAAUAAAACAUUUAUUUAUGAACAAAUUAUGAAUGGACAUAAUCCAUAUCGUUACCAUUUUAUCGACGAUACACUAAAGAUACCAUAUCAUUUGAAAGAGAAUAUUCGUUUUGAACGUUUAAAAUUACGUCUUGAUGUGGGUCGUUCGUUGAACGAAGGUUUUUUGCAAAUUUACAAUCGUACAACACGUGAUUGGUCUUAUGCAUGUUAUGAUACAUUUAAAUCAAAACAAUCAUUUCGUUUAAUAUGUUAUCAAUUAAAUUUACCAUGGAAGAAUGUGUUUGUUUAUGAGGAAAAAUUUUAUUUAUAUGAUAAUCAACAAUUACCUAUUUGGCAUGAGUUAAUUGAUUGCACUGGUUCCGAAUCAACUCUAUCAUCAUGCUCUUAUGAUACAUUAGUUUCUUAUAAAUUAAAUGAUACAUCAUGUCAACAACAUUUAUUUUAUAUUGGUUGUUAUGAGACAAAUGUUUACUAUGAACAAAACAAUCGACAAUUUGUGAUGAACGAUUAUACACGUUUAAAUUUCGGCAUACCACAACCAUAUUCAAUAUCCACCUAUGAAAAUCCACAAGCGUGGUCUGGUAUCCAAUUUGCAAAUGGUGAAUACGAAGAAGAUUUAUCAAAUUUUGAUUAUACAUCACCAGAACCAUCUGUAUUGAAUUAUGUUUUAUUAUCUGAAGGUGGCUAUCGAUAUGAUGGUCUGACACAUAAUUGUGAACAACCUGUUAUACAAACAGUCUAUCGUACACCAGCUAUUGAACAUUCACAUAUUGAACAUUCACGUUCUCAUGGUUAUGAAUUCAUCUUACCAAAACGUUCAUUAUUAUUUAGCUAUAGUCGAAUAACAAAUAGUUUAAAUAAAGCCAUUAAUGGACUUGUUUAUCAUGGACAAUCGACUACCACCGAUUCUGAUUUUGAUCUAUUAUAUGAUCAAACAUUAACAAGUUGUUCAAGAACAAAACCUUUUAGUCUGUUACAUUUGUGUAAUGCACAUCGUAUUGUUAAUGUUAAAUAUCGACUUGUUACAUAUUUCAAUUAUGAUUAUCAAUAUAGAACGUGUUCAAAAUUAUUUUGUACAAAAUCACCAUCUUAUCAAAUUGCAUUACGUUUCAUUCAGGCGAAUCUUAUCAAUAGUAGUUAUCAAAAUGAUUGGAUUGAAAUACAUCGUGUUACAACCGAUGCGAAUGGUAAUGAAGUGAAUGAAUUAAAAGCUUAUUUAACAAAUGGAAGUAAUAAUAAAUGGACCAAAUCGUAUUCAAUUGAAACUGGAUGUUUAAGGUUGACCAUUUAUGCAUCGAACGGCCGUCAAAUCAAUGGUUUUAUAGCUGAAAUAAUGACAUUGCCUGUUUCACCAUUCUCUACAAAAGAGAUUAUUCAUAAAAUUGCAGACAAUGCAUUUAUUGGAAAUCAACAUGGUGUACUAAAUUAUUUAUCAUCUGGUGAACGAUCGGCUGAUUUUUAUUUUCAACGUAAUACAAUUAUGUCCAAUGGAUAUUAUCGUUAUAAUUCAUCAUCAUUAUCUAUAAAUCAAUUUUUAUUUCAAAAUUCUCAACGAUUUUAUUUUGGAAAUAAUUGGUUAAGUCAAAAUUUAGGUGGAACAUGUGUACAAUGUCACAGUCAUUCAUCAUCAUCAAUUUUCAACGGUUACUUAUUUAAUAAUGUAUUUUACAAGAACAAAAACGAUUCAUUACUGGUUUUAAAUGGUGUUCAACUAUCUGCUUACUGUAAUUUAUACGUAUUGAGAAAUGCACUGAUAAAUAAUGAUGCAUAUGAUCGUAAUCUUGUCAAUUUUGAAGCGGUUGUAGCCAAUUUUAGUCGAAAUCAAGUUUUUAAUAAUACGGGUACAAAUAUUAUUUCAAUGCUUGGUUUUGAUAAAAUAGCAGCACCCUAUCCAGCUAUGCAGAUGAAUACAUUUAAGAAAAAUAAAGCAGUUGGAGAAUUAAAUAAACCAUUUUUGGAUAGAUUGGGAGCAGUUGUUGUUGCUAGUAAUCCAAGACAGUUGUAUAUGUUUAAUACAUUUGAAAACUGGGAUAGUCGAUAUGAAAUGUUAACAAAAUUGAAAUUACCCGAUGAAAUAUUAACAACGUCACAAGUAAAUGCAUCAAUGAACUACUGGGGUAAAAUGAAUGAAAAAGAUAUUAGUGCAAGAAUUUACGAUAAACACAAUGAUAAAUUGUUAUUAGAAGUCAAUUAUUUUCCACCUUAUUUGGAUCCGGAUGCUCUUAGACAAGGAAAAUGUGAAUCGGGUUGGUCGUUACAUGAAAAUUUGUGUUAUUUUUAUUUUGGAAGCGUAACCACAUAUCAGAUGGCCGAUGAACUAUGCAGUUUUUUGAAUGGACGAUUAGCACGUCGUGGUAUUCAAGGUCGUCUUACCUUAUUACGGGCUUUGUGGAAAUCAAGUCAAUACGAUUCGAACAGUGAAGCACCACCAUUAGGUGUAUGGCUUGAAAAAGACAUUUCAGAUGAAAAUAAUGUUUGCAAUACAUUUGAUGAUAUGCAAGUCAAUGAUGUUAGCUGUGAUUCAUUAGCAGCAUUCAUUUGUGAGAAAGAACAUUUAUUUGAACAUCCCCGUUUCCUUAUUCGUGGCGAAUUAUUAAUAGCUCUUAUGUGUCUUUUGGGAUUGUUGAUAAUUAUAUUCUCGUGCAUUUGUUGUUGGUACUGUAAAUCAACACAGCGUAAAAAAGAUUUUUUUAAUCGACAAAAUUCACUACGUCGAAGUAUUAAACACGAAGUAAGUAAAGACUCAUUAAAUGGAAUAACAUCAUCGCUUCCAUCGUCAAUAUUAACAAAAAGUGGCACAUUGUCAACAAUGACAGCAUCAACAAUAACUGCAAAUAGUUCAACAAAACAAAAAUUAUUAUUAAAUUCUUCAGUAAUAACAUCAUCCGAUAAUAGUAGUAGUCGUUUAUUGAGUCGUUUAAGUAGUCUGACAGAUUCUUCGGAUCACGAAAUUAAUGCUAAAAUAUUGCCAACAUCUCAGACGCAUGAUUUUUCAUUAUUACGGUUAAAUCAUCAUCAACAACAAUAUAGUCCAUCAAAAUCGCCAGGCACAUCGACACCAGCUAUGAGUGAAACAAAUUAUGAUUCCAGUUCACAACGUGGUCUCGUUGAUCAUUCAAGUGAAAAAAGUUUAUAUUCACCAAUACAUAGUUCAGAAAAUGUACCCGCCUCUCUUCAUCGCAAUCAUCAUCGUUAUUAUAGAAAUUCUACUCUUUCACCACCUCCUCUGCCACCAGCUCCUCCCGUUAUUAAUCGACGCUCGAAAAAACGUGAAAUAAAAGAGAAAGAUGAUUACAUUGAAGUUAUUGAUAAACAGCUCACUUGUUCAUCGGCAAUACCAAAUGAUUAUUAUUAUAGUCAACGUUUAUCAACAACACCAACUCCGACGAUGAUUAGUCAUGGUAGUAAAUCUCCUUUAUUAAAUAAUGACAACACCAUAAUUAAUCGUGAACCAAUGUUAAUGAGUUUUGUACAGCGUCAUCGUAUCAACUAUUUUCUUCCUCUUCAAACACAAACACAAAGUACUCAAAUGUAUGAAACAAUAGGAGCAACAAAUGACGAAGCAAAACCACCCCCAUUAGAAACCGACAUAUGA